AUGGCAUACAUUAUGCUCAGGCUCGAUUAUGCUGGAAUUGCAGCCCUGAUAUCCACCUCUUUCUAUCCUCCAGUAUAUUACUCCUUUAUGUGUUAUCCGUUUUUCUGCAACCUGUACUUGGGAUUUAUCACUGUAUUGGGUAUUGCCACCAUCUUGGUUUCUCUACUUCCAGUGUUCCAAAAUCCAGAAUUCCGUACCAUCCGAGCAUCUCUCUUCUUCGGAAUGGGUUUGUCUGGUGCAGGACCUAUUCUGCACAAGCUUUAUCUGUUCUGGGGCCAGCCAGAAGUGUUUCACACAACCGGAUAUGAAAUUCUGAUGGGUGUUCUCUAUGGACUUGGAGCACUGGUUUAUGCCACUAGGAUUCCAGAAAGAUGGAUGCCUGGGAAAUUUGACAUUGCCGGACACAGUCACCAAUUGUUUCAUAUAUUAGUGGUGGCUGGAGCAUACGCUCAUUAUCGGGCAGGGUUAGUUUAUCUCAGGUGGCGAGAUCUUCAAGGUUGUUGA